GUAAUGACAAUCAUGAAUCCAGGCAAUGCAAGUGUUCCAAAUGUCUUCAUUCUCUUGGGAUUCUCAGACUACCCCUGGUUGGAAAGGCCUCUUUUCAUGAUAGUGUUUGUAGCUUAUAUCGUCACAUUGGUGGGUAACAUUUCAAUUAUUGUGGUAUCAAAGAUAGAUCCUCACCUGGACAGCCCUAUUUAUUUUUUCCUUUCCAACCUCUCUUUCCUGGACCUGUGUUUUACAACAACCACCAUCCCUCAGCUACUGCUGAACCUUUGGGGACCUGAUAAGUCUAUAAGUUAUGGGGGUUGUGUGAUUCAGUUUUAUAUGUUUCAUUUCUUGGGGGCCACUGAAUGUAUUUUCUUAGCUGUGAUGUCUCUGGAUCGUUACAUUGCCAUCUGCAAGCCCUUAAGGUACUCAGCUAUCAUGCAUCAGCGACUUUGUAUCCUUCUGGUAGUCAUAGCUUGGCUAAGUGGCUUGGCUCACUCCUUGGUUCAGGCAUCCCUCACUGUCCAGUUGCCACUGUGUGGCAAUAACAAGGUGGAAAAUUUCUUUUGUGAGGUCGCAGUGAUCAUCAAGAUGUCAUGUAUUGACACUACAUUCAAUGUAGCUGUGCUGUCCAUUGGGGGGACACUCUACUCCUUACUGCCCUUGUCCCUUAUCCUUCUCUCUUAUGGGUUCAUUGUAGCUACCAUUUUAAAGAUCCAGUCCUCUGAGGGAAAAAAGAAGGCAAUUAGCACAUGUAGUUCUCAUGUAAUGGUGGUAUCACUCUUCUAUGGGCCAGUAAUUUGUAUGUAUGUACAGCCUUCUUCUACUGACCCCCAGAACAAAAACAAAUUCAUGUCUAUGUUCUACAGUUUAGUGACUCCUUUGCUUAACCCUUUUAUCUAUACUCUAAGAAACAAGGACAUAAAAGGAGCAUUGAGAAGGCUUCUUUUCUCAUUUUCCACCAAAGAAUAG